AUGUAAACCUCCACAUGCAAAGAUUAUAUCUAAGACAUGAAUAAACAAAGUGAAGUUGGGUUUUAUGAUAUUUUACUUUUCAAGGCAAUGCAGCCAUAUCCUUUGAGAAUAGACAUGAACAGAAUAAGAAGCUAAGGAGAUUAUGCGAAAAAUGCCCCAGAUUUAAUGAAAAAUUUUGUGAAACUACUUAAAUACACAACAGUUUAGUAAUAUAUGGAAAAAACUGGAUAAAAACAAAUUAAUCAUCAAUCAGAUCAGUUAAAUUUAGAUUCUCAAAACUCUGCCAAGAAUUAAGAUCUUAAAUUGGGUAAUUCAAUAAAGGAUAUUACUAGCCCUUAAAAACGUUCAAAUUCUCGAAUUGAUGAAAAGUAGUAAGGAACUCACAAAAAAACUUACAGUCAUAAUUAUAACUUAACUCCAUAACCUACUGAUAUGGAGCAAUACUAGUUUUUUCAAUAGCGGAAAAGGAAAAACGUUCAAACUGUUCUGUAAGCUCUUGAAAUUUAGGAACCACAUAUAGUUGAUUAAAGCCAACCUCCUCCUUAGAGUGACUUUAGAAACUCUAAGUCUAAAUAUCAUAAGUAUUCAUUUAGUAACAGUAAAUCUAAUCUCAACUCAAAUUCAAUUACUGUAAAACCCUUUAAUAUGACCUCUACUCGCGUUUCUCAAAGGCAAUCUAGAUCAAAUAUCCUUGAUUCUCUCUCACCUUCGUAGUCAUCAAAGCAAUUUUAGUCUAUUAACAAACUUAAUAAACCUUCCAUUAAUACUUUAGAGGAUCAGAAUUAUGUAGAUACAAUUAUUUAAGACUGUAAAGUUGCUAGCAACAGCUUAAAGAGUGACUCAAAAAAGCUCCGUACAAAGUUUAAAUCUUUUAAUAAGCAUUAUUAUGACUACAAACGCCGAUUAAACUUUAACAUUCAAUAGAAUAAUCAAGCUGAGGAAAUCAUACCGCCAGACAUGAUUGCUAUUAAGGAAUAAAAAUUAUAACUUGGAGGAAUGACCUAAAAUAAUAAGCAACUUAAAAAGAUUGUUCAUGAAAUCAAUGAACUAAAGUAAAAAAGAGUUGAGAAAUAAAUUAAGACAUAGAGAUUAUCUGUAAACUAUAGUAAAAAAGAGAUUGAAAAUAUAAUCAACGACAAAGAGUUUAUUGAUGUUUACAAAGAUUUCAAUCUACAAUAUUUGAAGGAAUGUGUAGGACUAGAGUAAGAAUAGAAAAAGGAAAUUAAGAAAAGUGUAAGAGAGUAUCACAAGAAUUCAGAAAAAUAGGCUUUUAAAUCAUUAAGACGAUGA